AUGAAUUUCUAUAAACCAACAGCCGACUACACCGACUCCAUGGUCACUGAGAAGGCGAAGAAUACUUUGCAACGCGUUAUGCAGCCUACCAAGAAACGGAAAGUUGAAAUUGGGCCAAAUGCUAGCGCUUCGUUUACACCAACGCUAAAGCCUAUUAUGGAGAAUAAAGAAACUGUCAUGUCAACCAAGCGUAUCCAUUUAUCGAAAGAAAGACAUGUUGUCGCACAGUGUUGGAACGGUCAGACAUAUAUUUGUAUCCGUGGAUACUACCGAAAAGAAGACCGUGGAAAAUUUUUCCCUAGUAGAAAGGGAAUUAAUCUUCCUAUUAAUCAAUGGUAUCGAAUGCUACGACGAUCUAAUGAAGUUGAAGAUAUGCUACAAGAGAUCAAUGGUACAGAUGAAUGUGGUAUUGGAACGGACGAAAACGACAAUGGGAAACAUCCCGACGAAACAAAUGCGUUGUAG